AUGUCGAUGAGCCCUAAGCAUACAACUCCUUUUUCUGUUUCCGAUAUCUUGAGUCCCCUCGAGGAGAGCUAUAAGAAAGUAAGUAUGGAGAAUAACAACUUGGGGGCACCUCUCACUUCGUACCGACAGCCGCAGGUCUCUCAGGCGGCGAUGCAGCAGCACCACAUGGGCCAUAACGGGACUGUGUCUGCGGCGUACCACAUGACGGCUGCAGGUGUCUCCCAGCUGUCACACACGGCUAUGGGGGGCUACUGUAACGGCAACCUGGGCAACAUGGGCGACCUGCCGUCGUACCAGGACGGCAUGAGAGGCAGCACCACGGCCACCGGGUGGUACGGAGCCAACCCAGACCCGCGCUUCUCCACCAUCUCUCGCUUCAUGGGCUCUUCUUCGGGCAUGAACAUGGGCAGCAUGGGUAGCCUCAGCUCCCUGGCAGACGUGGGGAAAGGCAUGGGCUCCCUCUCCAGCACCCCGAGGAGAAAAAGGCGCGUGCUGUUCUCCCAGGCGCAGGUCUACGAGCUGGAGCGGCGCUUCAAGCAGCAGAAAUACCUGUCCGCGCCGGAGAGGGAACACCUGGCCAGCAUGAUCCACCUCACCCCGACCCAAGUGAAGAUCUGGUUCCAGAAUCACCGGUACAAGAUGAAGCGGCAGGCCAAAGACAAAGUGUCCCAGCAGCAGAUGCAGCAGGAGAGCGGCUCGUGCGCGCAGCAGCAGCAGCAGCAAUCUCCGCGUAGGGUGGCCGUGCCGGUGCUCGUGAAGGACGGAAAGCCGUGCCAGGGCAGCGGCCACACUCCCACGUCCUCCGCUCAGAGCCACCACCAGCAGGCGAGCAACGUCAUGAUCAUGGCCAACAACGCGUCCGGGCUCGCGCAGCACCAGAGCCAACAGGUGGGGAGCACGGGACACUCUCCGGAUCUGGUCCCGCACUCCUCCAGUCCACCGUCCCUGCAGAGCCAGGUGGCCGGCCUGUCUCACCUCAACUCCCCCGGCGCAGAGUACGGCUCGGCCCUGCAGUGUUCGGCUCUGUUAUACGGCAGGACGUGGUGA